CUGUCGACUCAACUGGUUAGUUGGGGAGAUUCAUUUAGUCAGACUCGUUUAGAGUUGGAAUGUAAUCUGUAGUGUAUUGAUUGUAGUGUCACGUAUCUUGAUCCAAUUGUUUUACAUUCAGUUACAUUAGGGUAGUUUUAUUUAGAUAAACUACAAUGGAAGUAUCAGAAAAUGAAAAACCUGUUGAUUCUAUUGAUGUUUCAGUAACACCAAGUUUAACACUUGAGAUAUUAAAGGUUAUAAAGGAUGCACAACAGCAACAUGGACUUCGACACAGCGACUAUCAGCGUUACAGAGGAUACUGCACCCGCAGAAUUCGCCGCCUGCGCAAAGUGUUACAUAUUCUUCAGGGAGAUAAACGCAACUUCAAGCGCAGAGACGUUACAGAGGAAAAGCUCAAAGAUGAACGGUAUCUGUUGAUUCCACUGAUGUUGGCGGAGCGAGCAUGGAGUCAUGCAAUGCAGCUUCGCCAAGAGGCCAACACAGAGCCACGCAAGCGAUUUCGCCUUGUUCAUAGACUACGCAAAGCCACUGUGUAUGCUCUCCAGCUCCAAAAACUCUGUGAGACAGACAAGUGUGACGCACGGACCAAGUUGGAGGCACAGGCGUAUGUUGCGUGGAUCCAUGGCUCACUGCACUUUGAACUGCAGAUGUGGAAACCAGCUAUGGAGAAUCUAAACAAGGCCAAGAUGGUGUAUGAAAAGUUACAGAGUGCACUGUCAGAAGAGGAGCAAGUUGUCUACAAACAACGCUGCGAUGAAUUGGCACCCAGUCUGCGUUACUGUGCUUAUAACAUCGGAGACCAAUCUGCAAUGGAUGAUUUGCUCUCAUUGCGCAAUCAAGCACAUGGGGAACUGCUUGACAAUCUAGAUACGCUUGUAGCCCAGACAAGGGACCGUAGGACGGAGGUGUUGAGUGAGACAACAUGGCGGGGACGCACAUUCCCUGUCCGGCCGGAGCGUGUGCGUCUGUUCUUGCUGGCAGACCGGGACUUAACAACAAAUCAAGACGUGGCGGAGGCAAGCAUAGCAGACCGCAUAGAGCAGUUGGAGCGACAUCUCAUGGACUGCAAGGACGCUCUGGCCGCUGCCCGUGAUGAGCUGAAGAAUGAUCCAGCCAGCAAAGGAAAAAGUUCCAGCUCCGGAGGUCCAUUGAGUCCUCUGCAAUACCUUGUGUCAUACAUCACAUAUAUUCGAUUGAGUCGCAACAUUCAACGCAACAACCUCAUGGUGCAAGCCGCCAAAACCUCUCUCUCUGACAAGGCUGCAUCUGCAGAGACAGAGGGCCGUAAAACUCGGCCACAAGACUUGACACGUCUGUAUGAGAUCAUACUGCAGAACUUGACGGAGAUGCAACAGUUGCCAGGCAUGGAGGAGGAUCAGGAGUACCAACGGGAGAUAGAGGCCAAGAUACAAGCAUACAAGGCGUUCAGAUGUUUCUACAUAGCCGAGGUGUUAUCGGGGAUGCGUCGCUGGCGUGAGGCAGGUUCAAUGUACCAGCGAGCAGAGAGCUAUGCUAGGGCCGCACAGACAUCAGUAGCUGAAAUGCAUACAGCGCUCACUCAGCUGAUAGAGGAGGUGGAUGGUGCACGCUACAGCAGCCUGGCACAUGCGGUAUUGGAGGAUGAUAGUAGUGAACAACCUGCACAAGCUGCCACUAGCAAGGCCAAGAAGAAGAUUCCACUUGUAGAUCGUCUGGAAGAAUAUCGCGAGGACCCAGCGCUUACCACCAAGCAGCCCAACGUUAUCAAACUGCCACCCGAUAUGCAGCCAGUGCCGUGCAAACCACUUUUCUUUGAUCUGGCCCUCAACCUUGUCAAGUAUCCAUCUCUAGAGGACAAGCUGGAUACAACUGGCAAGAAGGCAAACCCUGCUGGGCUCACCAGCUUUGUCAAGGGCCUCUGGGGAUGGGGAAAUAAGUAAUUAGUUACCCCUUUCUUUUGUUACACUACAGUGGUUUGUGGGAAAUGCAAUUUUCAUUUGGA